AUGUCGUGCGCCUUGGCCCCCAAUCACCCCCUCGAGAUCAUUCAUCUGUACUUCGACGAGGAGCAAGAGGUAUUGGCGAAUUGCCUCCUCACGACGAACGAAACCGUCGAAUCGUUCGUUGUAAGCAUCUUGGACAGGCGAGUUAAUUAUCCGCGCCCUCGCACACGAGCCUCUGUGGCCCGUCAUCCGCACCGCGUAGUACUCUGCCAGUAUUCUGGCACCACAUCAUCCAAACAAUAGGCACCGUCGUUCGAGGACCGGUCAACAUGAACGCAGGCCAAGCCCGCGAUAAAGCUCGCUGA